UGUGCAGAGCGCUGGUGCUGGUCGUCAGAGGAAGAGCCGCUUUCUCCGAGAACAACAGGGAGGGGUUCGAACUCACGGCUGCGUCCGAAUCCUCAGCAGGAAACUCUUUAUCGCUUCAGCGAUGGCGGAGGCCCACCAGGCGGUGGCGUUCCAGUUCACCAUCACCCCCGAGGGCAUCGACCUGCGGCUGUCCUACCAGGCCCUGAACCAGAUCUACCUGUCGGGGGUCCGGUCCUGGAAGAAGAGAGUCAGUCGCAUCAGGAACCGGGUGAUAAAGGGCGUGUACCCCGCCAGCCCCUCCUCCUGGCUCUUUGUCGUCAUUGCCAUCCUGGCCACCAUGUACAUGCGCUCGGAUCCCAGCAUGGGGCUCAUCGCCAAGAUACAGCAACACCUGCCGCUCAGCCUGAACGUGUCGCUCAGCGCCCAGGGGCAGACCAUGCUGUCGGCCCUGGUGUUCAGCACCCUGCUGUGGCUCAGCCUCAUCCUCGCCCUGCGCUUCUGCCUCAAGCUGCUGCUCUCCUACCACCAGUGGAUGUUCGAGCAGCACGGCCGGGUCUCCAACACCACCAAAGUCUGGGUGACGCUGCUGAGGUUGUUGUCGAGCAGGAAGCCGCUGCUGUACAGUUACCAGACGUCUCUACCUCACCUGCCUGUUCCUGCCAUCAGAGACACACUGAACAGGUACCUGGAGUCGGUGCGCCCCCUGCUGACGGAGCCCGAGUUCGAGCGGAUGACUAAACUCGGGAACCAGUUCGAGUCCAGUCUGGGAAACCGUCUCCAGCGCUACCUGAAGCUCAAAGCUCUGUGGGCCACCAACUAUGUCAGUGACUGGUGGGAGGAGUUCAUCUACCUGAGAAGCCGAGGUCCCCUCAUGGUCAACAGCAACUACUACGGGAUGGACUUCCUGUACGUGACCCCGACCCCGGUGCAGGCCGCCCGAGCAGGAAACACCAUCACCGCUCUGCUGCUCUACCGCCGCAAGGUCAACAGAGAGGAGCUCAAACCGAGUCGUGUUCCAGGCACCGUCAUCCCUCUGUGUGCCGCUCAGUGUGAGAGGAUGUUCAACACAACACGCACUCCAGGAGAAGAGACCGAUGUGCUGCAGCACUGGCAGGACAGCGAGUUCGUGGCCGUUUACCACAAAGGCCGAUUUUUCCGUCUGUGGGUUUACCGCGCCGGACGCCUGCUGUGUCCCCGCGAGAUCGAGUUCCAGGUCCAGAGGAUCCUGGACGAAAGCUCCCCACCGCAGACUGGAGAGGAGAAACUGGGAGCGCUCACUGCUGGAGACAGGGUCCCUUGGUCUCACAUCAGGAAGCAGCACUUCAGCUCCGGGGUCAACAAGCGCUCGCUGGACGCCAUCGAGAGGGCGGCGUUCUUCGUGACGCUGGACGACGAAGAGCAGGGCAUGAAGGGGGAGGACCCGGUGGGGAACCUGGACCGCUACGCCAAGUCGCUGCUCCACGGGAAGUGUUAUGACAGGUGGUUUGAUAAAUCCUUCUCCAUCGUGAUCUACAAGAACGGGAAGAGCGGCCUGAACGCGGAGCACUCGUGGGCGGACGCUCCCACCGUGGCUCACCUGUGGGAGUACACUCUGGCCACAGACGCCUUCCAGCUGGGCUACACUGAGGACGGCCACUGCAAAGGGGAGGUGGACCGCUCGCUCCCCCACCCGCAGAGGCUCCACUGGGACAUUCCCUCAGAGGUUCAGGAGCAGGUGCACAGAUCCCUCGCUGUGGCUCAGGUGAUCGCAGACGACGUGGACUGUCACGUGUUUCCCUUCAGAGACUUCGGCAAAGGACGCAUCAAGAAGCUUCGCGUCAGCCCAGAUGCCUUCAUCCAGAUCAGCCUACAGCUGGCGUACUACAGGGACCGUGGGGGCUUCUGUUUGACCUACGAGGCGUCCAUGACCCGUCUGUUCCGGGAGGGCCGCACGGAGACGGUUCGAUCCUGCUCCAACGAAAGCUCUGACUUCGUGAAAGCUCUGGAACGUGGAGAGACACAGGAGCAGUGCAGGCAUCUCUUCAAGCUGGCUUCAGAGAGGCACCAGAACCUCUAUCGAAUGGCCAUGACUGGAGCCGGGAUUGACCGACACCUCUUCUGUCUGUACGUGGUGUCCAAAUACCUGGGGGUGGAGUCCCCGUUCCUGAAAGAGGUUCUGUCGGAGCCGUGGCGUCUCUCCACCAGUCAGACCCCAGUUCAGCAGAUGGAGCUGUUCGACCUGAAGAACCAUCCGGACUUCGUGUCGCUGGGCGGAGGCUUCGGACCAGUUGCUGAUGACGGUUAUGGCGUCUCUUACAUCAUCGUGGGCGAGGAUAUGAUCAACUUCCACGUGUCGUCCAAACGCUCCUGCAGUGACACGGACUCCCACCGGUUCGGAGCUCAGAUAAGUAAAGCUCUCCAGGACGUCAUGGUUCUCCUCACCCCCGACGCCAGAACCUCGAAGCCUCAGUCCAAGAAGCUCCUCUGAACCCGGCGCCUCACACCGGUUCCCCUGAGGACGAGCGUAGAACCCAUAGAGAACCUGUUUCUAAUUUAAAAUCCAUUGAAAGCCUUCUUUAGAUUGAAGGGAGGGAAUUUAAUUAUUUAAAUCAAAGGGAGAAGAGUUGCUCCAGGCUCUUAUCACACACACACACACACACACACACACACACACACACACAUAUCUGUUGUUGGAUCUUAUCAGAGACAAUGGAAUGCAGCCACUCCUCACCUGAGCUAUAAUUUGAAUUCUCUCAGACAAAGGCCAAACUCCUCUCUGUUCAUAUUCAGCACUAACACAUAGACUUUAGUUUAUUUCUGUCAUAUCACGUGGAAAAGGGAGUGAAGGAGAAAUCUCCCUCAGAACAAGUGGAACGGUUCAAGAGUUCCUAAAUCUCAAUAAACGUGAGGAGGAAACUGUGAGUGUGAAAUGAAGCUUCGCAGCUGAUCCCACUGACGCGUCCUAACAGAUCAAGGUCAUGAAGUGUGAGUGUGAGUAUUGUGUUCAUCUCCAAGAAUCUGAGAAGCUGAAGGAAUGACGUGAGAGACGAUCUCAUCUCCAUCCGACUCGAGCUCCAGAGAAGGUCGUCUUCUCUUUCCCACAUGAACCAGGCGGCCGGGGGGGUCGCUGCUCGGCUGCGUCUGAAUCACGGACACACAGAGAACACGUGUUUUUGUUUGCGCCACAUUACACAAAGUAGAUGUAAUCAGACAACCUCCUGCUUCCCACAUCAACAUCUUGCUGGUGCUGGUUCUCUUUGUGCGUUAGUGUCACAGGGAAACGAGCAGAAAAGCUCCAGUUCACCACUGGUCUGGAGAUUUUUAUUCUCAUUAGGGUUCAAAGGGUCCAGUCUCACAGCGACUGUGUGUGUCUGAAGUCAAGUGUUGCUUCAGUUAAACUGUUGCAACUCCUGAGGUGUCUUCUGUGUGUGUGUGUGUGUGUGUGUGUGUGUGUGUUGUGUUGUGUUUGUUGAGGAGAAAUCACGACGGGUCAGAUGAUCGCUGAUAAAAAUCUGGAAUCACAUUCGGGUCAAACUCGUAUUUUGUGCUUGUGACAUCAUGUUGUUGUUGUUGUGCGUUGCCUUUUGUGUGUAAACAUGUUUUUGUAGCUGUAACUUGUUGGUGCAGUUGUAAAGAUGUUUUGUUACUGUAGAAAAAUUCUUUGUACAUUUUUGAAAUUCUUUAAAAAAGCUGCACAACUUUUUCACACAAAACGUUCACAGCCACGAAAAAGGUCAAGUUACACACAAUUUAAAGCAUGUGUGUAACUUGUGUGUGUGUAUAAGCUUCUUUACACACACACAAAAGGUUGUGUACAACUUCAACAUUAUUUCACCAGCACAAAGUAAAGUAAAAAAAAUGAGUGACCGUGAUUCCAUGAAAAGCUGACGACUCAUUUACUGUAACACAUGAAUCCUUCUUCGUCUGCUCACGUUUUCUAACUCUUCUAAAAAUAGUCUUUAACAUUUUGCUGACCUCAGACCACAGUGGCUUCUCUUCGUGUCUCAGGUUAUAUCUUGUGCCUCGUUUCCCAAACUGUUGAACGCCAGAGUUGCACAAUUCACUCGUCAGCCGAUCACCACUUAGUUCUGUGAAGCUGAUUUCCCUUGGUCUCAUUAAUAAGGACCUCUGAUCAUUUAUUUUUAUAAGACUGUAUUUCUCCGGGGCCUCGUGUGAAUGUGUUGAUGUGACACGGACCUGCUCGGUGUCCCCUCCCCUGCCCGGAGCUCCUGGAGCCGGUGAAGCCGAUCGUGAGCCUCAGUCCCACCGGCUGAUGGUGGAACUCUGACUUUCAGUGGUUUUAGACCGAGUGCAUCUCAUAACGAGGCACCAGGGGAGCUGCAAUUAACUUUUAGGAUAAAUCUUGAACAUUAGCACUGUCUUCUCUUACCCGUCUGGUUUUGGGACACUUUUAUCUACGGUUGUGACUCUAUAGGUUCAUACUUGUAAUGCUCCAGAAUAUUCUUGUUACUGAUGUUUUUCACUUUGUCCUUUUUUUUUCAUUGUUAAACUUAUUUAAAUGUAAAUUGUGGACUUUGUGCAUUUUAUAGAUGGGGGAUGGCGUGUUAUGUAUAAUAAAAAAAUCUUACUGACCCGAAAA